AGCACUCAGCCUUUAUACCCACCCAAUACCCAACUACUCCUCUUUCUCUCUUUAUCUCUGUCUCUCUCUCCCUCUCUGCUCGCAGACUCGCAGAGAUGUCUCCGAGCGUCGGUGCCGACCAUCUGCAAAUAACCCAGAACGAGAAAUUCUACUCGAGGGUCCUCUCCAAGGAAAACUCGGCCAAAAACCCCUCCUUCCGAGUCUACUACGGCGUCGCCUCCGGCUCUGUCCCCUUCCUCUGGGAAUCCCAACCAGGCACCCCUAAACACCCCAUGGCCGACUCCACACUCCCCCCUCUCACCCCUCCUCCUUCCUACUACACCUCCUCCAAUAAAAAGACGAACUUUAUAAAAUCCCAUAAGCAAAACCUCUUCCAAGCCAUGCUCCCACGGCUCAGAAAGCCUCACACUCCUCCGCCGCAGCCACCUCCGCCGUCAGCUUCUUCCUCUUCAGCAUCUCACCGAAGAUAUCGGUCUUCGUCAAGCACUAUAUCUUCUUUCUCGUCUAACUCGAGGGUCGACGAAGAAGAGCACGAAGAGGGGCUUUCGCCUACUUCGACGCUCUGCUUCGGAGAGCGGCGAGGCUGCUUCUACAUGGCCGGCAUGAAAAAUGCUUUGCUUUCGAUUGUUGGGAAUGGAUCAUCUGCGUGAGAUGUUUGGGUCAGUUUGUGAUGAUUUUAAUUCUUCUGUUUGAUCUAUUUAGAGGCUUCAAAAUCGUAAUUAACUAAGUGCUUGAAAUAAUUUAUAUUUCGCUAUGUGGAAGACCGUUUGGUGUUUAUGUACUGCUACUACCUCGCCCUGUUAUCAAAUGAUAAUUGCCGGCUUCUCACACUUAGCUCAUCAAUCAAUCAAGCUUUCUGAUGUACAAUAAGUGAAUAAAAUUUGGAGCUUUUUUCCUUGUCCAAA